AUGCGGGCUCAACUGUUUUUCAAGGACACUGCUGGUGAAUUAGAGAUAACCGACCCAAAUGGAACCAACAUCGGUAUGUUCAGCAGGUAUGAGUUUACAUCGGAGGGUAAGUCUUUUAAUCUCGAGUCUCCUUUGAUGCACGAUCUGUUUCAAAUGAAGCGUUAUAUACUGAACCAAGUUGAUGUGCAAGUAAAACUGUAUCGCUCCAACCCUCAAUUCAUGAUGCUGGCUACCAAAAUAGACACAGCUUACGUGGUGCAAAUCGAGGACAUAGUGCUAAAAGUCAUGCAAAUUUGUGUGAAACCCGGCAUGAUAUGGGGUCAUAAUGAGGCGCUAUCAACCACCCCAGCCAAGUACCCAUUCCGCAGAACAGAGGUGAAAAUGUUCUCCAUCGUUAAAGGUCAAACCAGCUUCGCUUGGGAUAACAUAUUUCAAGGUAUUCGCCCUAAUAAAGUAGUAGUUGGGUUCGUAUCCGCCAAAGGUACGGGGAUGGGAGACUUCCACAAGAAUCCGUAUAACUUCGCUAAUUGGGAUCUGUCACAAAUUGCGCUCUUUUGUGACGGAACGAGUGUUGGAGAGUCCGGACCUAUGAAAUUACAUUUCGGAGAAGCCACCGGACAAACCAUCAUCCCAGCAUAUGUCAAUCUUUUUCGUUCAUCGGGAUGUUGGUCAACCAUUAACAACAUUGAAACUCUCACCAUCGUUGACAUAACCCGAGACGAGUUCGUUGGUGGAUAUGCUCUGUAUGUCUUCUCAUUGGAUCCGGUGUUUGGACACAACGAUGGAACAUAUUUACGUCUUCAAAAGCGUGGAACGCUCAGACUCGAAGCACAGUUCAGAACUCCGCUCCCAGAGACAGUAUCAAGCGUGGUCUACGCAGAAUUUGACGACAUUUUUGAAACAGAGAAAAGUAGAAACAUUAUUGGUUAG